AUCACUGUGCUCAAAUGUCAGGACGUCAAGGAGGAAAGGCCAAGCCCUUAAAGGCACCAAAGAAGAAGCUGCAAGAAAUGGACGAGGAAGACCUUGCCUUUAAGAAUAAGCAAAAGGCCGACGCUGCUGCCAAAAAGGCCAUGGCUGAAAAGGCCAAAAAGGGAGGCCCAUUAGUUGGUGGGGGCAUCAAGAAGAGUGGAAAAAAGUAGAGAAUAGAAGGGUUAAGACUGUCUAAUUUACUAGUGUGGUUUGUGUAGGUGAAGUAUACAUAGGCUCUGCGUGGCCCACAUGAU